GUGCUGAAGUCGGCUAGGAGGGGUAGCGCCGUGAUGAUGCGGAAGCGACCGGGGAUCAUUAUCUAACACUGCAGAAACAGAACAUUUGGUUGUUCUGAUCACUUAAAAUUGCUCCAGUUUUAAAGCACAUUAGGAAUGACCAAUCGAACGAAUAGCAUGGUGGAUGGUGACUUGUUCACUCACUGUCUAACUAGCAAACUCAGUUUGGUGAAUGGUGUGUUGUUUACUGGUGGAUCUGUGAAGCAGGCUCCGUAUUUUGAGACAAUUAAGAAAGUGUUUCGGUAUGUCUUGGACAAGAAUGGUGCAGGAGUUGCAUUUCCAUUGUUCGCACGGUGUCUUGGCUUUAAGCUUGUAAGCAUGACUGUGAGCAAAGCCAACUCAAGUAAGCUGCUGCUGGCCACCUUUCAGAAAAUCGAGGUUAGAUAUAUACACUACUAGGGAAAAGCCUACCAGUAGCGCGGGUCUUAGGUGUAUCUGUAGCACGGGCUCCCGCGCUACUGAUACGACGCUAUAGCUAACUUAUAGUAUUAGCGGGGGUCAACACGCGCUACUGUUAUACAUGGUUAGCAGUAGCGUGCUUUACAGGAAAGCGCUACUGCUAGCUAAUAGCUGCAGCGCUUUGAAGUAAGCCGCACUACUGCUAAGAGCACGCUGCUGCUAACUUUAUUCCCCUCGCUACUGCUAGUUUUAUUAGUUUCUGAUUUUUUUUCUGUAUAUUUUUUUGUAUUUGAACAGGCUUUAUACAAUAAUCUUUAGC